UUAUUUUACAUUUACUUCAAGGCGCUCGUGCUGGUGACACUUAUUUGUCCAAGCGGAGUUGCCGUACAUCUCCCUCGUGACACUUGCUUCCGUACACGUCAUCAGAAGCCCCUCACAAAAUUCAUUUUUUCUCAAUUGAAGCCUUGGCACAGCGCGUCCAUGACUACUCUGCUGAAAUAAAAUUCAAUGUAAUUUCGGUGCCCGGUUAAAGUCGUCUCGGUACUUCUUCCGGCUUCGCUUAGCCUAGCUAGCCUAGCUUAGUUUAGCAUGCUCGCCGCUCACAAAGGAGCCGGCUUUGUUUCCGUCACAUCGCUAAAAUUACGGUAUUUUGGUAGAAUCGCAAAGUGUCGCGAUACUCCAAAAUGUUUGCGGGGACGACAGCAAAGUACGAGCAGGAACUUUUUGGAACAAAAGAGGAGAACGAGCGACAAAGUCUACUCCAAAACCCUCGAGCUGAGUUACAACGAGCAGACGGCAGCGGAGAAUAUCUCUGUGGUGAGCGGCGGGCGGCAGAAUCCCGCCGUGACUGGAAAGAGGAAGAAGACUCGGCGUCGCUUCACGUUAAAGAGGAGGCGCAAGAAUCCGCGUACGUUAAACGGGAGGAAGAUUUCACGGCGUUUCCACUGACUGGUGUCUUCUUGAAGAGUGAAGAUGAAGGUCAGUAUGAGGAGAAAGGAGGGGCGGAGCCUCCGAGCGGCAGCGCAAGUCAACACGUGAAAACUGAAAGCGACGGAGACCCCCGUGGUGGACCACCAGCGGACCACCUUCUGGCCCCGAUAUCCGAUAGCGACGACGUAACUUCGCACUCUCCUGACGCCGAUGACGCGUCCGAAGGUCCCGCCGUCGACAAACCCUGGAAGUGUUCUCAGUGCGGGGAGACUUUCGCCUACAAGUACCUUUUGAAAACCCACCUGGUUUUCCACAGCGGAGAAAAACCGUUCGCCUGCUCGACUUGCGAUCAAAGAUUCUCCCAGAAGCGAUACUUGCGAAGACACGUCAGAACGCACACGGGCGAGAAACGUUUUGCCUGCUCAGAUUGCGGCAAAAGGUUCUCAACAAAGGGAUACGUCAAGUUGCACGCAUUGACUCACACCGGCGACAAACCCUUUGCGUGUUCCCUUUGCGGCCGAAGAUUCUUUCAAAAAGUACACUUGAUGUCGCACACCAGGACGCACACGGGAGAGAAACCGUACUCCUGCUCCUUUUGCCAGCAGCGAUUCUCAACCAAAGGAAAUUUAAGGAUACACACAAGAACGCACACCGGCGAGAAACCCUUUUCCUGCUCGGUGUGCGGUCAACGGUUCUCCGAGAGCCGCGUUUUGACGACGCACUCGAGGACGCACACCGGAGAGAAACCGUUUGCCUGCUUGAACUGUGACAAAAGCUUCUCUACGAGCGCAAAUUUAAAAACGCACGUGAGAACGCACACCGGCGAGAAACCUUUCCCCUGCUUGGCUUGCGGGCAGCGAUUCUCCGAGCGGCGCACUUUGACCACCCACACGAGGACGCACACCGGAGAGAAGCCUUUCGCCUGCUCAGAUUGUGGCAAGAGAUUCUCUCAAAAAGGAAACUUGAAGCGGCACGCCAGAGCGCACAACAUUACGACCGAUCCUUGAAAAAC